GUUAUGUAAGUAGAAUCUUUUGUUUUUAAGUCGUCUGUAAUGUUAGUAGUGUGUAGUGCAGUGUAAGGUCUUGAAAAGAUCAGACCUUACUCUUGCUGCAGAUUUAACUCCCUUUAACAAUGUGGCUUUAUAAUUUUUUGCUGGGUUUUGACUUGAAAGGGCUUUUCCUGUUUAUUUUUAUUUCUAUCCUAAUAGCAGACUUCCUCAAAUUCAGGAAUCCUCAAAAUUAUCCUCCAGGACCUCUGGCUCUUCCCCUUGUGGGAUAUUUCUUCAGUGUAGACAUGAAACAUCCACACAUUUCUUUUACUAAGCUGGCUGACAUCUAUGGGAAUGUGUUCAGUGUCCGCCUUGGCCGUAGGAAGAUGGUGUUUGUGUCUGGGUACAAGAUGGUGAAGGAAGCCAUAGUGACACAAGCUGAGAAUUUUGUGGAUCGACCAUACAGUGCAAUAGUUGACAGGGUAUACUCAGGAGACGCAGGUGGUGUGUUCUCAAGCAAUGGUGAAAAAUGGAAGAGACAGCGACGCUUUGCCUUGUCUACCUUACGUAGCUUUGGCCUGGGCAAAGGUACCAUGGAGCAGAGUAUCUGUGAGGAGAUCCGACAUCUGCAGAAGGAGAUAGAGAAGGAGAAAGGUGAACCUUUCAAUCCAGCAGGCUUCUUCAACAAUGCUGGGUCCAACAUCAUUUGCCAGCUGGUAUUUGGGAAACGGUAUGACUACAACGACCACAACUUCCAGACCAUGCUGAACAAUAUUUCUAAAGCUUUUAGGCUGGAGGGCUCUGUAUGGGCUACGCUGUAUGAGUCAUUCCCUGGAGUGAUGAAGCACUUGCCAGGUCCUCACAAUGAAAUAUUCAGCAACAACUACGCCAUCCUAGACUUCAUCAGUCAGGAGAUAAAGAGUCAUAAGAAGGACCUGGACCACAGCGAUCCCAGGGACUACAUUGAUGCUUUCCUCAUUGAAAUGGAGAAUCACAAAGAGACUGAUCUGGGCUUCACUGAGACCAAUCUGGCCAUGUGCACUCUGGAUAUAUUUGUGGCUGGAUCAGACACAACCUUCACUACUUUGCUGUGGGCUUUGGUUUUCCUCAUCAAAAUCCCUGAUAUUCAGAACAAAGUCCAGGCAGAGAUAGACAGAGUGAUCGGACAGACCCGACUGCCCAGAAUGGCAGACAGACCUAACCUGCCCUACACCGAUGCUGUCAUCCACGAGAUCCAGAGGAUGGGAAACAUUGUUCCUCUCAAUGUACUUAGAAUGGCUGCCAAGGACACAACACUGGGUGGUUACGUCAUACCCAAGGGUACAUCCUUGAUGCCCAUCUUGACCUCUGUGCUGUUUGACAAGACUGAAUGGGAGACGCCAGACACCUUCAACCCUGGACACUUCCUAGAUGCUGAGGGAAAGUUCAUGAAAAGAGACGCUUUCCUGCCUUUCUCUGCAGGGAAACGCGUGUGUCUCGGAGAAGGCCUCGCCAAAAUGGAGCUGUUCUUGUUUUUGGUCGGUUUACUACAGAAGUUCUCUUUCUCCGUUCCUGAUGGAGUAGAGUUAAGUACAGAAGGAGUUACUGGAAUAACACGUGUACCGCACCCCUUCAAUGUUUACGCCAAGGCUCGCUGAAUUAUACCAUAUCUGACUGAAUCAUUUUUCAUCUACACAACAUGUAACAAACAUAGAAUGUAAAAAUAAUGGAUGGAGCUUCCAAGUCUGAAAAGUGAAGCUAAUACAGAAUUGUCUUAAACCUGCCGGCUUGUAUAGAGAAGUCUUUUUCAAUACAGCAUGUUGGGGUUUUCCUCCUCUGUGUCCCCCCUUUUGGGACAACGUGUCUGACUCCAAAUAAAAGACCUAUAUAUCCCAGCGCAUUUGUUAAAUUGGAAUUACAUUGAUCCUAAGCAAGAGCCAAAUAAGACAAUAAGAUUUUAAACAUUUGUUUAAUCAGUCAAGCAUCAGAGUUUCAAUACACAGAUCUAUGGUAUCACAAAGCACGCAGAGACUCAGUUUCCCUAGCAACAGAC